AAAGAGAGAGCAACCCUUAUUCUAUUAAGUCAAUCGCCUUCCCUAGUCCUCCUCCUCUCUUGAAGCUGCACAGUAACCACCCGUCUCUCUCUCUAUACUGCCUUUUCAUCCAGAGAGUGAGGAUCCGUCGGUGUCUCACUCGCUGCCAGUACAUCCGAUCGUCGCCGAUUAUCUGUGGAAUGUGCGUAAAUAGGUUGGAUCUAAUAUAUGCUGCGUUGCUGCUUCAUCAUCAUAGAUCUGCAGGUGACGACGUGUUUCCACGUAUUCGUGUUGCUUUCAGCCUAGUUUUUUUAAUCUUGGAAGUGAUGGAUCAGUACGAGAAAGUUGAGAAGAUCGGUGAAGGAACUUACGGUGUUGUGUACAAGGCACGAGACAAAGUCACCAAUGAGACUAUUGCUUUGAAGAAGAUCCGCCUCGAGCAGGAGGAUGAAGGUGUUCCUAGCACUGCCAUUAGAGAAAUCUCUCUUCUGAAAGAAAUGCAGCACAGCAACAUCGUCAAGCUGCAGGAUGUAGUGCACAGCGAGAAGCGUUUGUAUCUGGUUUUCGAGUAUCUUGACUUGGAUCUCAAAAAGCACAUGGACUCAUCUCCUGAUUUCUCCAAGGAUCUUCAUAUGAUCAAAAGGUAUGUUUACCAGAUUCUCCGUGGAAUCGCGUAUUGCCACUCUCACAGGGUUCUCCACCGUGACCUCAAGCCACAGAAUUUGUUGAUUGAUCGCCGCACCAACUCACUAAAGCUUGCUGAUUUUGGACUGGCCAGAGCAUUCGGUAUCCCUGUCAGGACUUUUACUCACGAGGUGGUUACUCUCUGGUACCGAGCACCAGAGAUACUCCUAGGGUCUCAUCACUACUCUACACCGGUUGAUAUUUGGUCUGUGGGGUGCAUAUUUGCCGAGAUGAUCAGCCAAAAGCCCUUGUUUCCUGGAGACUCCGAGAUUGAUCAACUCUUCAAGAUAUUCAGAAUCAUGGGAACUCCAACCGAAGAUACAUGGCCUAGGGUAACUUCGCUGCCGGAUUAUAAAUCUGCUUUUCCAAAAUGGAAACCAACGGAGUUGGAAUCUUUUGUCCCAAACCUGGAUCCGAAUGGCAUAGAUCUCCUUUCUAAAAUGCUGUUGAUGGAUCCAACCAAAAGAAUCAACGCAAGAGCCGCCCUGGAGCAUGAUUACUUCAAGGAUAUUGGUGUCAUGCCGUAGAGAAUACUUCAAAACCAGUAAUCUCCUACAUUCUCUCUCUAUAUAUAAGUAUCUGGAUAUCUUUCAUCCUAAGAAAAUGAGGUUAAAAUACAUCAAUGGCUUUUGUUUAUUCUUUUUCUUCUUCCGAGUUUGUUAUUCUCUGAUACGAAAAAGAAAGAUUUAGAGUGUGCUUUGUUUAUUUCUUCUAGCUUUUGAGAUUAUUUUCUUGUGUAUUUUUUUACCAAGUUCAGUAUUAUACGGUUUUAUUUUUCAGAAUAUCAUAUUUAUGCCAA